UCUCCAUUUCUUCCAAAAUUUAUUGAUUUUUUGGAUCAAUAAAAAUAUUAAGGCCUGAGAAUCGGAAGGCCAACUGAAAAUAGAAAGCCCCCACCCCAUCAACCUACCUGCCAUAUAUAUAUAUACACACACACACACACAACACAACUGCCGCAAACAUAUUUUACACAGAGUGGCAGGUGCAAAGUGUGUUAAGUCUCCCCAACGGAGAAGCAAAUUUGAUCCUUUCUUUCUUUAUUUGUUUGCCGGUUUUGAAAUUGGGAGGCAUCGGUGACUCAGUCAAAUAUUAUUCAAGACUUUUCAAUGGAAGCAUCAGUCAGUUACUCCAGAGACAUGGAUGAUGAAUAUGAGAAGCUCAUUAGGAGAAUGAAUCCUCCGAGAGUGGUGAUUGAUAAUGAAUCUUGUAAGAAUGCCACUGUGAUUCAGGUGGACAGUGCUAAUAAACAAGGAAUCCUUCUUGAAGUUGUGCAAAUUCUCACAGAUCUCAAUCUGAUGAUAACCAAGGCUUAUAUAUGCUCUGAUGGAGGAUGGUUCAUGGAUGUGUUCAAUGUGACUGAUAAUGAUGGAAACAAGAUAACUGAUGAGGGGAUUCUUGAUUAUAUACAGAAGUCACUUGGUCCAGAUUCUUGCUUUGCAUCCUCAAUGAGAAGAUCAGUUGGGGUGAAGUUGGGGACGGACCACACAUCGAUUGAACUAAUUGGCAGUGACAGACCAGGGCUGCUCUCCGAAGUGAGUGCUGUCCUAACAAACCUGAAAUGCAAUGUGGUGAAUGCUGAGGUGUGGACGCAUAACACCCGAGCUGCAGCAGUGAUGCAAGUCACAGAUGAGGAGACGGGGGGAGCUAUCAUUGAUCCGGAGAGGCUGACCCUGGUUAAGCGCCUCCUGUGCAAUGUACUCAAGGGUAGCAACAAAACUCGGGAGGCCAAGACUGUGGUCUCGCUCGGGGCGACCCACACUGAGAGACGCCUUCACCAGAUGAUGUUUGAUGAUAGGGAUUACGAACGUAUGGGCGAGGAUUCAUCUGAUGAGAAGGAUAGGCCUAAUGUGAACGUUGUUAACUGGCACGGCAGGGAUUACUCGGUGGUCACAAUCCGAUGCAAGGAUAGACCGAAGCUCCUCUUUGACAUAGUCUGCACUUUGACUGAUAUGCAAUACGUUGUUUUCCAUGGAAACGUCGAAGCUGAAGGAGCAGAAGCGCAUCAGGAAUACUGCAUUAGGCACAUUGAUGGAUCCCCAGUCAAAUCUGAUGCUGAGAGACAAAGGGUGAUUCAUUGUCUCGAAGCAGCAAUCCAACGACGAGUCUCUGAGGGUUUGAAGCUAGAGCUCUGCACUUCUGACAGAAUCGGGCUACUGUCCGAUGUCACUAGGAUAUUCCGCGAGAACAGCCUAACUGUAACACGAGCAGAAGUGACCACAAGAUCAGGCAAAGCUGUCAACACGUUCUAUGUUCGUGAGUCAUCAGGGUACCCGGUCGACCCCAAGAUAAUAGAUUCCAUCAGGCAAACAAUUGGGCAGACCAUACUUAGGGUGAAGGGCAGCCCAGACGAGUCAACCCAAGCGCCUCAAGAGUCUCCGACAAGGUUCCUCUUUGGUGGCCUUUUCAAGUCUAGGUCAUUUUGCAAUUUCGGUUUGGUUAGGUCUUAUUCAUGAGCAUGAGACGAUGUGUCGUAUGUUCUUGUGUAUAUUCUCGAUCCCUUGUUAUGUCCGCAUCAAAUUCAAAAGGCUAGCGACGUUAGAGAGGGAAGCCUUAGGUGGCUUCCCUCUCGUUUGUAGGUUUUUCUAGUGCGGUUUGCUUUACCUAAAUACGUAUUUAGGAAUGGAUCCAACCCCGGGUUGGAUCUAUCAAAAUUUCUUAAGUUUAUGAAUCUUGGAGCUGACAUCCAAUUGUUGUUGUCAAGCUUGAAAUCAAUGUAUAUAACAAAAUUUCCGAUCA